GUGAGGAGGGUGGUUCUAAGCAGAAACAGAGCGAACCCUAUUUCAUAUUACACAUGAAUGCAGAAAAAAAGAAAAGGGGAAUCCUGAGCUGAGGCUCUUUACUUUGGGAGACAUUUAACUGUUUUUUAUGGAGACUGCUGGUCUGGAAAAUGAAGAUCUCUUCAGUGGUCAUAGUUCUCCUGACCAGAGCGUUCAUUGGAGAAGUGUGCCAGGCCAUCAACGUCACUGUCACCCCCUCCCCGUUCACGGUGGCCCAGGAGGGCGAGAACGUCACCCUGACCUGCCAGGUGUCCCAGAGACGUCGCUCCAGCAGCCUGCCUGUAGUCAAAUGGACCUUCCUUCCCGAACGUUCUUCCAGCGACGAAGAGUUCCUCAUCGCCAGGGUCAACAUGAGAAAGGCCAGGUUCUAUGGGAACUAUACCAAGAGCUUCCCCUGGCCUAAACUGAAGCUGACAGUGGUCAAGCAGGGGAAGAUUUUCGACCUGCUCAUUAUGAACAUCUCAGAAGAGGACCGCGGACUCUACAUAUGCCGGGUGCAGGAGUUCAAGAGGCACCAGAACCGAUGGAAGGCAUCAACGAACUCUACGGCCGCCACCGAGCUUAGAAUGCAUGUCCUACCAGCGACCACGGCCAAGAAGAGUCUGUGGAGACUGUUUGAAGACGUGUACCUGUGCGCUGUGCUGAUCUGCUCUGUUGGACUGUUGUGCAUGUGCAUGUUCACCGUGGCGGUGACCUGCCAAUAUGUUCAGAGGAAGAAGAAGUUAAAAGACAACUACCAUUUGGUCAAGAGCCUACAGAACAGUUCAGGGGAGAUGGUGACCAGUCUAGUCAGUGUGUCUUCUGCCCUGCCCAAAAAGCAGAGGAGGUACAGGAAGAAACGGAGCAAAACGCAGUCAGAGAUACCACCAGAAAUACCAGUUAAAGCACCCAUAGCAGACAAAAUCCCAAAACCCAAACUUUUAAAGGUACAGCCGAUGAAAGUGGUCUUGCCGAAGAUUACAGAGGAGAGCCUGACAUAUGCAGAGUUGGAGCUGGUCAAGCCUCUGCCGGACAACAAAGCCUCGUGCACAAGCACCGUGUACGCCCAGAUCCUCUUUGAGGAGAGCAGUACUGCAGCUGCGAAGGUUGACAUUAAGGCAACAAUUAGACGCCCACCCUCAGGCGAUACAUUUGUGCUAUCACACAGCUCUUUCAACUGGUGCCAAAGUCAACGGGCUCUUGGUGACCCACUGUACUCAGAGCUGUGAUCAGCUGUGACGGAACAGUUUAACUGGCUGCAAACAAAAGUCAUUGUUUGGUUUGACUUGUAGCACCAGUGUAUUCCUCUCACCUUAUGAUUACAUAGCACAUCAUUAGGUGAGAUUUUUGUAGUUUUGACUCCUGAUAAGAACUACACCAAUGACUAACUGCCGUUUCUUUAUCUCUCAAGAUCUGCACAACAGCGGAGAUAUUGUCUUCUGGUUUUUACUUUUCCGUGAAUUUAAGUGUGUGUAAAAAUGCUUAGUAUGUUUAAUGACCCCUUGGCUUUAACCAUGGUAAAGUGAGCAAAACAAAAGGUAAUUUUUUCUCCCCCAGUGAACUUGAAAUGCCAGACAUCCAGGCACCAUAACCAUUCCCCAUCCCCCAUUAGUCUCUCUCAUUCAUGAAGAUCUAUACAUUGACUAAUAAUCCCCAGAGUGCAUUGAGACGAUUCCAUGUAGGAAAAAAACAAGUCCUUCCCACAUACAUUGACCACAAUGAAAUCUAUCUACACACAUCUACACAAUGACUCAAAGUAAACUUCCUGGGGUGAGAAAAAUAUCUUAAAACCUUUUUAAACUGUGAAAAUUAGUCUCCUCCAAACCACAUUUGACUUAAUGGGAGGCCACUGCGUGGACCUCUAACUAGAACCAUGUGUGAAUGCUGAACAUUGCACUUUCCUCUGCACUUUUCCUCUGCCAUUCGUUUCACCCGGAGAGUGCCGUCGUCCGCACUCGUCAACAUUACUCUCCUUUCUAUUUGGAGCGCUUCUGUUGUUUGUUUUUGUCAUUUGAAAUGACAUGUCGUCGUUGUCUGAUGAAAACCUUGUAACUCCAUUUUUGCCAAUUUAAAUGUUUUUACAUUUAUUCAAUGUACUCUCAACAUAUCAAUUCACUAGGACCAAGAAAAUGUAUUCAAAAUAGCUUCUGAGGUUUCAUAAUUGUAUGUUUGUUUCAUUUACUGAAAAGUUUCUGUUUUGGAGAUAAGAGGUUUUCAUCAGACAGCGAUGAUAUGUGUGUGUAUAAUGUAUUAUAAAUGUGUUGUAUAAACAUAAAGCAGAUGCAUAUGAUCAGUGGUUAUUAAUCGCGUUUCCUUGUGCUUUCCUUCAAACCUCAACAGGAUAUCACUUCAGUGAAAAGUCAUGUUAUAAGGAAAAGGGAAAUCGAACAACUAGCAGGUAAAAGAGAGAUUUUGUGGUUUGACCAUACCUCCAUGUGUGCUUAAUUGAGGAAAUGGAGAGUGGGGUAAGGAGUGUCUCCUAUUGUGGAGGAAUAACUGUAAUGAGAGAGAGAGAGAGAGA